ACAAAAAACUCACAAAAUUUAAAACCCCGUGAAACUUUGGAGAGAGAGAGAGAAGAAGAGACAAAAACCAUAGCUAAUAGAGAAAAUGACUGGUCUCGUAAUGGUGACCAAAGGAGGUGGCUGUGGUGGUGCUGGUAGCGGUGUUGGUGGAAAGGGAGGAGCUAAAGGAGGAGUUAAGAGCUGUAAUGAAGAGCAGCAGGACCAGAUUUCUGUCGUGGCUUUGCUUUUAGCUGCUUUGAGGAAAUCUAUGGUGUCUUGUCGUGUUGACAGACAAGAUGAGGUAAUAUCUUCCACCGUUCAUCAUAUGGAAAUCGGGUGGCCAACCAACGUAAGACACAUAACCCACGUUACAUUUGAUCGGUUCAAUGGGUUCUUGGGUCUUCCUGUGGAGUUCCAAGUUGAGAUCCCCGGUCGGGUUCCAAGUGCUAGUGCUAGUGUGUUUGGGGUCUCAGCGGAAUCAAUGCAAUGCACAUUCGAUUCCAAAGGGAAUAGCGUCCCCACUAUACUCUUGUUGAUGCAGGAGCGACUUUAUUCACAAGGAGGCCUAAAGGCAGAAGGGAUUUUCCGGAUAAAUCCUGAAAAUAGCCAAGAGGAGCACGUAAGAUAUCAGCUGAACAGGGGCGUCGUGCCUGAUAAUAUUGACGUCCACUGUCUUGCAGGCCUUAUAAAAGCCUGGUUUCGGGAGCUUCCUUCAGGGGUGCUGGAUGGACUUUCCCCCGAACAGGUUCUCCAAUGCAAUACCGAAGAAGAAUCUGUUGACCUUGUGAAGCAGCUAAAGCCAACUGAAGCUGCACUGCUCAAUUGGGCUGUUGAUCUUAUGGCAGAUGUUGUUGAGGAAGAGGAAUCAAACAAAAUGAAUGCAAGAAAUAUAGCUAUGGUCUUUGCUCCAAAUAUGACUCAGAUGUCCGAUCCAUUGACAGCUCUGAUGCAUGCUGUUCAAGUAAUGAACUUGCUCAAGACCUUGAUCAUGAGAACGCUAAGGAAACGUGAAGAGACUGCAACAGGAGGAUAUUCACCCGUGUCAUCUCAUUCAUGUGAUGGCCCUACAGAUGAGGAGUUUGAUAGUCAGCAAGAGAAUGAUACCAGCUGUGAACUGAGAGGGCCCACAUCAGAAUAUGAUAAUGCCCUUUACAGUAACUGUAGCGGAGAUGAAGAUGAAGUUGAGUCACUAGGUGAAAUAGAGGAAUGCUUCUUGAGGCAACUGGAUGAUAAUAAGAAUGUCACAAAUAGUUUUUCGGAGGAAGCAGCUGAUGAAUUACAAAGAGAUCAUGCAAGUCCAAGAAGUUGCUCAGGCUGCAAUGUUGAGUCUGGUGUUUCCUUUACAGAUAGCAAGAACGAGAAUUCUGCCUUCAGUACAAGUGAUGGAGAGGACUCAGGGGCAACUGAUGGUCUUAAGGCUCAGGAUCAUGGGCUUUGUACGAAGAGCCUAGCAAAAGGAUGUGAGAACGCAGAUGAUGUGGAGAUGAUAGACAACUAGUGGAGUCUACAACACCAGAGCGUUGUCUCUGUCUGUCUACUACUGGCUGACUUGAUGCUUCAUCCUCACAUUAUUUAGAAUAAUACUUGCACUUUUUGGUUUGCCUCUCUUCAAUCACGGUUGCUUCUGUAAAUUGAUAAAGUUGGCUUUGGUUGAAAUUCAGGUAGGGAGUAUUAGCUUCUGGCAGAUUGUUUGAAUCAUGGUUCAGCAAGGGCUGAACUAGUGUUUGGUAUCGUAUUUUUCUUCAGGUCUUCAAAGUAUUCUAACUUCGACUUGUUUAAAGAUUGGAACUAAUUGUCAGUCCAGUCUCUCAUUAUAUCCAUCUAGGAUAUGCAAAAGUUUAGUACGCAUGCACUUAGGAAGCUAGCUAGAUUCAGCUUUAUAGGGGAAGUGUAGUUUUUAAACAUGGUUGAUCUGCGGAGCUAAGGUUCCAUUUGAAGUCAUAUAGACUAUGUGAUUGUCUUAUAUAUCCAGUUUCUGAAAACCCGAGUUUACAAUGACUCGCUAUCAUCUUAUGUUUCGAUUAAUCUCUUCGUGAUUCUUCUCUAUCAAUGUAUUCUACUGAAUGUCCAUGGUUGUUAUAUUAUUUGUCCAGUGAAGGGGGAAAAGAUUACCUUCUAUUUUCUCACUUGAAACUUCCUUUUUGUUACAUUUGUCUCCUCUGCUGAUAAAAUGUUAAAAGGUCAAAUUUUACUCAAACUUACUAAAAAGAAUGGAAAGUGUAAAGCGUGUAUUAAACCAUUUUAUCUGCAAAUAAAUCUUUCGAUUGUAAAUUUAGUUUUUUUU